UUAAACUACACCCGUCCCGGCCUCCCCAACUUCAGCCAGGAGCUUCUAGAGACCUGGAAGAACCAAGUGAAGGAGAAGGGCUUCAUCUGCUGCAUCAACGAAAACUGUGAAGCGGUGUAUUCCAGUGUAUCGGGACUAAAAGCACACCUUGCCAACUGCAGCCAGGGUGGUGGAGAACUGGGAAAGUACACGUGUCUGAUCUGUCAGAAGGACUUUAGCUCGGAGAGCGGUGUGAAGUACCACAUCAGCAAGACACACUCACAGAACUGGUUUCGAGCAGCGGCCAGCCAAGUGGCCUCCAGCACGAAGAGCAAAGCGCUGGAGAACAACGGGCUCAAAGCCGAGGUGAGGAACGGCGCCACCACCACCGGCAAGAAGAGGGGCCGCAAGCCCAAAGAGCGCCCCCCUGUGGCCGAGCCUCUCCACACACAAACUGAAGCGUCGCCCGCCACUCAAAACUCAACCCCCGCCGUGACCCCCUCACAGUCCCCCGCCCGGAUCCCCGACCCAACGGACGGUGCCAAUCCGGGCCCAAACAGACAGCCCGUGCUCUGCGCCGCCAGACGAAGCAAACCCUAGAGGGCGCGGUUGUCAGAGAGGACGCUCGCUGUAAAUGUGGUGACAGGAAGCUCAAAAAGACCUUUGUACCUCCGCAGGGACUCGGCACCGAGGAGCUAAAUCAACCCUUAAGAAGUAAAACAUUUAGUACAGACUUUUUCCAGAGUGUCUACCGUUAUAAACAACACUCUUGUAACGGUAGCGUUUUAUUUCUUCAUUCCGCUUUUGUCUCCUUUUUUUUUUUUAAAGGCUCACAUUUGGGUUUCUGCACUCACAGCGGGGGGGCGUCGGUAGUAAAGAUGGCAGCGUUUUCUAAACGGAUGCAGAUUCUCUCUGCGAUGUUCAUGUUGUGUUUGAGAGGUUUUAAAAAAGAAAAGGAUAUUCUAUUAGCAUGGUGAAGUCAUUUAAUGAUAGCUAGUGUUUUCACUUCCUUCUUUUCUUCCCACAGAUAUACUGUACUGUGUACAUAAACAAUAUCUAUAUCUAUAUAUCUAUAUACUCAAAGCAAUGAUGCCAUCUGUCCUUUUUAAAGCCUGACACGUCCAAUCGGAUCAUGAGCAGUCAGAUUCUAUUUCUUUUUGCAGUGUGUGCUGUAGUGCAAUGAACUUGAUUUUCCGAAUUUCUUUCUGGUUUUACUUUUCUUGUUUGUUUUUUUUACUUUUCAUGUUUCAAGUAAGCAAAUGUCACAUAAGCUAAAAUGUUGGUCAGUUCUUAAUCAAAUUCCCGUCUGUUUUUCCUGCAGCUAUGACAUUUGAUUUUGUUUUUUAAUCUGCAUCACAUGGCGAUGAAAGGUAUCUGGUUUUUUGACGAAGUGUGAAAAGAUUAUUUCCACAGUUCU